AUGGAAUCUGUGCGCCGGGCACGGGCUUUGAAGCAACGAGACCGGGAUGCCGACGGCGCUGCAGCGCAGGCCAUGGCCAUAGAAGCAGCGGCCGCUGCCAUCGCCAACGGUAGCCCGGGUACAACCCCGCCACCGGCAUCGCAGAUGGAGGGUCCCUACCAGAAUGCGGCCAACACUCAGCAGAUGCCACCAGCGGUUCCGGCAGCUGCGGAACGGAUGCCACCUUUGCCUCAAAUUCUGCAACCGCAGCAGCUGUUGCCGCCAUCGCCUUGCGUCGACAGAAGCGAAGCUAGCAGGUUUCCGCUUGCCGACGGGGGCCACCACAAGUCCAUAUUCUCCCAAGGUUUCCAGCAGAUGAAUGGCCUACACCAGGAUAGCAAGAAAACGCCUCGUCCACCCCAGCCACCUGCACCACCACCGCCACCCAAGCCGCCACAACUGCCACAGCCACUUCAGCCCCAGCCACCGCCGCUGCGGCCUCAGGCUUUGCAGGCAUCAGCACCUGCACAGCCACCAGUGCAGCAGCCGGCUUUUUUAUUUCAGUUACGGCAGAAGCUACAGCAACCAGAACAACAAGCCCAGAGAAAAGAAGUCUGGAGUUCAGACCUGGACAAGGUGUGCCCGGAAGUUGAGCAAGAGGACGAGCAGGAGGAGGAGCCUGUGCAGAAUUGCGAGACACAAGGGCGUUGGGAGGAUGAGCAGGUUUGGUCGGACGAACCAACCGGGCAAGAUGAGCAAUGGCACGGGGGCGACCAGCAAUGGCGAGGCCAGCAGCGAUGGCGAGACCGGCAGCAGUGGCGAGACCAGCAGGACUGGUCAGAACGGCUGAGUUGGCGAGAGCAUCAGUGGAGAAGCCAGCAGCGCUGGCGAGACGAGCGUGAGUGGUCAGACAGGGGGCAAUGGCAAGAAGAGCUGCCCGAUGAGGGCUGCACGCAAAGUGCGGAAGCCAAGCAACCUUCAGAUGUUGACCGCGCAAACAUUGGCAGCCUGGCACUGCGGCUAUACGAGCGGUUGAAAAACGGGGAGGAGCUGCGACCCAGCCAGGGGCAAGAAGCCGCGGACCUUCCAGCAGCACUCCGACGCGCAAAGCCUUCCAUUCGGCUCCAUGCACCCACGCCACCUGCAGCACCACCACCUGCACCUCGCAACCUCCCUGUUUCAGCUGAGGCGAGGGCUGCACAAACUCCCAAGUCAUUGCCGACCCCCCACAUACGCCAGGCGUCCGCUGCCGCUGCUCCAGACACAACUCUUGCCCCACGAAAGCUGUUGCUGAGCACCCCGCUGACAGCUCCGCUGGACACAGCUUUCAGGAAAGAGCUUCCCGAGGUCCCCGAUGUCCCCGAGACACCGGCACCUUGCACAUCUUUCACGCCGUCGCAAGACUUGACAAAUUUGACAAAGCCCAUUAAGCUCCCACUGCCCGACGAGCGAGGCUCCGACACCGCAGAGGCAAUGAACGAGUUUGCGACAGUGUUCCCAGAGAUGGCAGACCUGUCUUAG